AGCAAAAGAGGUCCGAGCUCGGCUCGAAGAUCAGGAAGUCCCGGAAUCACCCACUCUUGAUAUUAGCGAAGUGAGUGGUUGUUAGUCACUUGUGUUAUGAAUCAUUUUCAAGUUGCCGCGCUGAUUUCAUUGAUACGUGCCUUAAUAAUCAUAAUCCACCCCCGCCGCAAAUUGCCCUGCCCAGUGGCCAGUGCCCAUUUUCGGCCUCCCGCGUGUCCCACUUUUGGUUGGAUUCAACCCUCCGCCGUUUCGCUCACUCACUCGCUCGCCUUCUUCGUCUUUCUCUUUCUUCCCCAGACAAUCCCACCAUCGACAACCCAUCCUCGACAACUAACCGCGACCACCAAUUUUCUCGACUCUAUUUCGCGAUUCUUAGCCCUUCCACUUCGAUCGGAUUGAAUUUACAGAAUAAUCUGGAGGGGUUCCCUCAUCGGUAUCGGAUAACCCGGAGUCAUUCAUUGCAUGGCUCUACGAUAAUCCACCGACC